AUGCACGAGGUCUUCUACAUGAGAACUCUUCUCAGCGCUGUCAUCUUGUCGGUACUAUUUUCCCUGCGAAACCAAAACAAGGCGAAAUGUUAUAAGAUCCAUGGGAGGUUAGGAAGAUGUAAAAGGAAUGCAGCUGUUACCAUUUCUAAACACACAGAUGAGUUCAAUAGCGAGAUUGAACAGAACAGCAGUUUGGCGAAAAGAAAAAAGAGAUAUUCCUUUACCCCCCUAAAGAGGAAUACCAUAAAAGAUAUAAAAAGAAGAAUAAAAUUUAAUGAGAAAAAUGUGAGACCCCCAAAUGGAUCCUUUUCCAGAAAAAAAGACAUACAUAAAUCGCUCAUCGAUGAUAUUAAUAAGGAGAUGCUAAAGGAAAGUAUCAAAUCCGUGGGGAAAAAUUAUGAAAGAGAAGAGAUAGACAAACAUAAUAUUCUUCCCCUCCCUGUGGAGGACAAAACGUCCGAAUGUUACAACUGCUUGGUGCUAUGUAAGGGCAUGCCAUUUCAUGUGGACACAGCUAGGAUUAAGGAGUUUUUCAACCCAUACAAACUUGUAGAUAAGUACACAAUUUUUAUAAAAGACAAGAAAGGUAAUUUCUUCGGGGAUGUUAUGGUUAGAUUUACAAACAAGGAGGAGAAACUACUGGCAUUGAAAAAUAAAAAUUUUAAAUUUCUAAUGCACAGGUAUAUACAGCUGUACAAUAUUAAUGAAGAGCAUUACGAGGAAUAUUUUAACGUGGGCUAUAAGAACCCCCCUUCGUAUAAAAAUUACGUCCCCAUUAAGAACGUUAUUGUGUCUAGUGGCCUCGAGGAGCUUGAUCCGCUUUCCGAGGGAGGAAGUACCGAUUGGGAUAGCACAUCAACGAGUGCACAUACCACUUCCGAUGAUCAGUUCCAGUAUCACUCCUUUUUUUGCGACCCCCUAGACGACGAUGAAGAGACGAAAGAACUUAGAGAAAAGGUGAACAAGAGAGGCAUUCUUCUGAAGAGUAUAUACACGGGGAAAAAACUCAGAGGGAGAAUAACGUCUGUGCAUCCUUAUGGCGUCUUCGUAGACUGUGAUGUGUACGUAAAGGACAAGAAUGGUAGAUUUAUAAAAAUCCUGGCUCUACUGCAUAAGAAUAAACUAACCAUAAAUAUAGGACUCCCCACGGACCCUUUACCAGAACAAGAGGAGAAAGAAUUAAUACUACAAAAAAAUAUGAACAUCAUUGUAUACGUCGAUAAAAUUAUAAAACGGGACAUCCAUCAUAGUGGUAGUAAUCCUAAGGAUGGAAAAAAUAAUUUAAUUUUUUUUAACCUCACCUUUGAUUCGUCCAUAACGGAGGAGAAAAUCCAGUGGCUUCAGAGUCUCAAGUUGAGGAGGAAGUCCAUUGAGGAAAAAAUGAAAAUGUGCAAUGACAGAUUUUUGAGCAUGUCCUCGGAGGGAAACGUGGCGGGUGCGGUGCCCAAAGUGAGGGAGCAGAAGGACCCAUCUGGAGGGGACCAUCCAUCCCAAGAUGUGCAAGUAGAUAGAACGGCAAGGGUAAGCGCUCUGAAAGGGGAAAAAAUGGGCAGUAACCAAAAAAUGUGCGACGUGCAGAGUUGCAGAACGGCGGAAUUUUCCCCUUCGGAGGAGAAGCACGAAUCGAAAUUUAACAGCAGCACCAAGAACAACAAGACCCUCAGCCGUAGGUCAAGCAAAAUAUACCUGAUGAAGGACACACAAUGUGAUUACAAUUUUGUGGAGAAAAAAUGGAUCAAGCCGGGGGUAGUCAGAUCAAUGUGUGCGUUGUACAGCAACAGUGAAGCAGAACAACCGGAGGGGACACACAAAAAUGAAAAAAAAAAUCCAAAAGGAAGAAAAAACAUGAAGAAGAAAAAGAAAAAAAAAAAUUUAGACGACGUUGACGUUUAUGAUGAGGAAGACAAUUUUGAUGAAAUUUUUAAACUCCAAGUGGGUGAUGCAGAGGGGCAGGGGGAAGACGGAGAGGUGCACAAUGACACUGAAAAUGUGGAACGAGUGACAGAUUCAGAAAAUGCGGCAACCCAACAGGACAGUCACAGCGACGACAAAAAUAAGAGGAGCGAAAAAAAGGUGAGCAACCACUAUAACGACGAAAUGAAGGGAAUUCUGGAUGACAUUUUUAGGAACAAGGGAAACGGCGAAAGUCCUCCAAAAAAGGCACCUAUAAAGGUACGCGCUGAUAAGUGUAAGCAAGGAAGCACCACUGGGGAACAGACACUCGGACAGAGCUUUGAAGACGUAAGUGAUAGAUCAAAAUGGAGAAACGACAUCCGAAAAGAGGAAUCCAUAUAUUAUUCGAAAAUGUUCGGACUGAAGACGGACAUAAACGACUUCUGUUCGGAUGUCCCACGGAGGAAGGACGCUGGUGGGGAUCAGAACAACUCGGGUGACAUGGAGGAGCUCAUGAAGUUCAGCGAAGGUGCAGAUGAGUGGGGGGCCUCAUCAAGUGAUAUCCAGGAGGAGAUUUUAAAAUUUGAAGGUAUAGAAAGUUGGAUGGAGAAGGCCAAAAAGGGAGAGAUGUCAACAGAGGAGGAACUGGAAGAGGGGGAAGAACCCAAAAAGGAGCAAUCGGAGGAACACAAACAGGGUGAGCAAACUACCGACGAAGCGAAUGGAGACCCACUAAAUUCAAUAAUUAGCGGGAAAGACGGAGAGUCCCUCGAUUUUUCACACCUCGCAGAAAUGACACCAGAAGAACUGAAAAGAGAAAUAUACAAAAAAAAAUUUCUUCUUCCCAUAGACGUAUCAACGGAAAGUCUGAAAAAUCGCCUAAUACAAAUAUACAUUUGUGAAAAAAAAAAAAUAAAAUUUGACAAUUAUCCAUUUAUUAGGUACUACCUGUUCGACUUCAAUGUACCAGUAGAAGAUAUUAAACUGUUCGUUCUGGCAAAUAAAAAAUUUUUAAAUAAGAAAAACAUAAAUUGUAACCUUCUGAACUCCCUAAAUUUGAACGAAUUGAAAUACCUGCUUCAUAAGUCGAUGGAAAAUAUUCGUCUAUGGGAACCGGAGGAUAAAAUAAAGAGGAAAAUUCUAAAUUUGAAUAAAGACCUUCUGCAAAAGCAAAACAUGAAUAACGUAGAUGAUGUAGAUGCAGAUAAUUUACUCAUAUUGUGGAAUGACUUUAAGGACUUUCUCCUAAAUUGUGUGUAUGGAAAUGACACCACGAGUGACUCAUGGGGGACAGACUUCACAAAUCUAGGAACGACCAACUGGGAACCAACCACCUCGUUCCGUACAAACAAUGCACACACACAAAAAUAUUUGAAUAGAAUGAAAAAUAUGGAAAAAGAAAACUUCUUUAUUAGCAAGAAACUACCCGUCGAUGAUGUACUUGAGAGACAAAUAAAUAAGAACAAAAUGGAACAUACGGACCCUUUUGAAAAUGCAUUAAGUACAUUAAAUAAAGAGCUUGAGGAAAACGAAGCCGAGCUGCCGGACAAGAUAAGCCUUAAGGAAGCCAUGAAAAUCCUGAACAAUAGAAGUUACAUGAAAAAAAUUAAGCGAGCUCUCAAUAACGACUCAGAUGAAAAGGCAAAUGAAAAAUACAUUGAUAAAAUUAUUAGCCUAAUUUUGAAGCAUAAAAAUUAUUACAAGGAACACCUGAGCGAAGACGUCCUGAGGAAGAAGCCCCACGAGGAACUAAUUAUCCUCCUGGAUCAGCUGCCCGCCGACCUCAUAGAAGACUUACUCUGA